AACGAAUGCAUAUUUCACAGAAAUGAGUUCAUGACGUCAUUGACUCAACAGUUAAAACGUGAAAAUGCUCUAAUGUGAGCCCAAGUGGCCUGUCUGUGGGUGUCACCGUAGCGUGCAAGAUUAUGCAGAUAAGGUGAUGCUUUGUUUCAAACGGCUGGAUACACCACACAGGAAAAAUGAAAAACACCUGCCCCUGCUAAUGUGAGAAACCCACUGUCUCUGCAGUAUAGAUAAAAUGACACGCAUCAGCCUCUCUGCUCUCUUCGUAACCAUCUGGUUCACAGGUCUCGUCCCUGGAGAUGUAUCUUUGCCAAAUCUAGGCAUAUUAUCUGUGUGGCAAAUUCCUGAGAUAACAGCAAAAGAAGGAACAAAUGUCAUCAUCACCUGUCACAUUAAAGCUGGUUCACACGUGAAAAGAAUCAUGGUGAAGUGGUACCGAGAUAAUCAAACUAUACCGUUCACAACAACGUCUCACCAUCGAUCGCCUGUAAAUGGAUCUGUGAGAAUUAAUGCAACACUGCACCUGCUGUCAGUGCAUCUAAAUCAUAGUGGCAUCUAUUACUGCACAGCACAGGUGGAUUUACUUAUGCUUGGACCUGUUGAACAUGGAAAUGGGACGCAUGUAUAUGUGGUGCCUAAUUCAACAGUGACAACACAAACUCUCACAAUGAACACAUCGAUGUGGUCAGUGCUUUCAGGCUUGGGCUUCGUUUUGCUGAUCAUCUGCAUUGUCUGUGUUAUUCACAUACAUUAUAAAGGACACUGCAGAAUAGAACCUAGAGCAAAAGAAUCCCUAGUUGACGUUACCCGUGGAUCACCCUGUCCAGAUGCUCACCAAACUCAUGUUGUUUAUGCAGCAUUAAACAUUCCUCAAGACAGUGUAAAAUCAAGAAAAGGGAACUGUCCGGCGAAGGCACUUACUUCAGUGACCUGCACAGAGGAUUCAGUGACAUACUCUGAGGUCCACUUAAAGAAAGGACCAAAGGAUGAAGGUUAAGCAUUAUUUGCCUGAAUUUUAUUUUUUCACCUUGCAUAUAAGGUCCUGCUUGGCCCAGUUUUGUGAAGGUUUUUCUGUAAAUACAUUUAUAUAGUGUUUUUUCAUGCAGUGUUCAUGAAGACUGAAUGCUGUGGCUCACAUUUGAGUCUAUUUUAAGCUGUAAUGUGUUCAAACUGCAUGUAUAUUUUUAAGAUAAAUGUUUUUCAAAGAUGUUUUGUGUCUAUUCAGUGAUCAGGUUAGGGUUAAGUAGAGAUGCUUGAACUUAUUUUUAUUGUAUUGUUCAAAAGGCGAGUGUCAAACUGAUAUGCAGCCUAAUAGAAUUGCAAAAAUAUGUUUUGCCAGUUGUUUAUCUGCCGGUGUGUUUAUUUUUAAGAUUAUAAGUGCACUGAAAAGAAACUUUCAAAAUGAAUUUUGAAUUAGACAUCAAUUGUUAAAAUUAUAUUUAGGUAGAGAGAAAUUAUAAUGUGUGGUGGCUACAGCAAUAAGCAAAGUUUUAUUCUAACAUUUUGUUUUUCAUAUCACACUAAAAUAUGUUAACCCGAAAAUGGCAACAUCUAAAUUAACUGGUUUUAUUCAAGUCAAAAACAUUAUUUAACAUCACUGAAUCAACCGACAAUUAAUUUAUACCAACAAAACUCAUUUUUAUGAGGUAAAUCAGGUAGAAAUAGCUCUUUAAGUUAACAAUUAGAGCCAACAAUAAGCAUCAUACAAGAAUAUGACAAGAAAUAAAUGGUGCAAUUGUCAGAAAAAUGUUUAUCGACUAAUAUGUGUUACCGCCUACGCAACCCCAUUUAGUGACUUAACGGUAAAAGCCCUAGUCAUAUGACGUGCUUCAACAAUAAGAUAACGCUGUUUCAUCCUGACCAAAAUCUUUAGUUUCAAUGUAUUUUCACAAAUGUCCCAUGAAUACAGAAUUCUGUAUGGGGGUGUUGAGUGUGAACUUUCAGAAGACAGAAUCAAUAACAUACUGUGGGCUAUUUGACAUAUGAACCCACAGCUGAAUAAAAAAAGACUAACAAAAUUAACAGGCAUCUUCUAGUGUAAAGUGAGUCAUGCAUGAAGAUUUAAAUCAUUUGAUG